GCACUAUGGUUCCUAGGACCACAUUUUCUGGCCAAAAUCGAUUUUUAAAAGUUCCGAUUUUUCGUCGGUUCUUUUUACCAUCACUAAGCUGAUACUUCGCAUGAGUUAAUUGCAUAUUUUGUUUUCCCUUUAAUCGGUUUACCGUUAUGUGGUCAGCAGUUAAAUUGUAACUUUGCCUAUUUGCUUAUACAAGUGGUGAAAUUUGGCUGAAACUCAAAACUGAAUAUUUUAUAAACAAAUUAAAAUUAACUAAAAGAAAAAAAUGGAAACUAACAAUAAAGACCACUACUCCGUGCGAUUUGCUGAUUUAUUUGAAGUAUGGAAGGAGGAGGCAAACACGUGUGUUAGACAGACAGCAGUUUUUGAUUUUUUGUUAGAAAACGUUAUUGCAAUUGACGUUUCCGAUGAAUACACUGUCUAUUUAAAGGAAAAAAAUAGAAUUAUAUGUAAAUAUAUUAAUGACAGAUGGGGAAAAAGUCAUCGGCGUGUAGAUGUAUUUUUGAAACAAAAUGCAAACUGGCUUUUAACAAAAACCGAAAUAAUGAAACCGGAGUUGUCAUAUUCUAUACCAAGCACAUCAAAAGUAGGCCGUAAAUCCCUUACAUUUAAUGAAAAAUCUGCAAGAACGCAAAGAAGAGAACCUGCGGAAUUAUCGAAACAGCAAGACGACAAUAUUGACUUAAUGGUGUCCGCUGCGUCUACGGCUGCCCGUAAAAGAGGUCAAAUAGAUUUCGCUGUAACUUUAAAAAGGACUUUAAACAACUCAAAUGAAAUGUCUAAUAUAAGAAAACUAGUAGUAGUAGUUCACUCCAAAAAGAUCAUCGAAAACAUGGUACUUCCAAUUGGUUAUUUUGGUGAAGAAGCCUCAGAAUCGCGAAAUAAAAUUUAUAAAUCGGAUAGGGUACAUUAUGCUCGGAAAAACAGCCGAAUUAGCAAUCUAACUGACGUGAUUAAUAGAGCUUUUGACACAUCAGAUCCUUUAUUUUCUAGCAUUAGCCUCGACAAACGCAUAAAAAAACAAAAACGAAUGCAACUUCCUAAGGAAGUUAUUGCUUUAUUAAGCUCUGCGGAUGGUGACGCUGAUACAUUUUCUGCAAACGACGUUGAUAAAAAUGAUGAAAACGACGAAUGUAAUUUGGGCCUUAACUGUGGAUACGAAGAGCUAUUAAAUAAUUUAGAAUUAGAAAAUGAUUCAAUUUAAUAUUUAUGUACAUAUGUUACUACGCUGGUGUUUGCUUCUUAUAUGUUAACUAAAAAAUAUUUUAUUAUUUACUACUAACGGUAAUAAGUUUAAACAAACAUA